CGGGCGGCCGGCAGCAAGCCCAACCCCAGCACCUACAUAGUCAUGAACAGCCACAGACACAAUGGCUUCGGGGGACGGCCACUGGGUGGCGGGCUGGGUGCCCUGGGCCGAGACCCUCCGGACCCCGAGGCCGGCCACCCGCCUCAGCCUCCAAAUGGCCCAGGCAUCCAGGUGGUGGUAGCCAAGAGUGAGCCAGCCCAGCCCUCGCCCGGCAGCCCCCGGGGGCAGCCCCAGGACCAGGAGGAAGAGGAAGAUGAUGAGGAGGAUGAGGCGGGUAGGCAGAGGGGCUCAGGAAAGCUCCCCAGCGUUGGCCACCGUCUGGGCCACCGGCGGGCGCUCUUUGAGAAGCGGAAGCGUCUCAGUGACUACGCUCUCAUCUUCGGCAUGUUCGGCAUUGUUGUCAUGGUGACGGAGACAGAGCUGUCCUGGGGGGUCUACAGCAAGGAGUCCUUGUACUCAUUUGCACUCAAAUGCCUCAUCAGCCUCUCCACCGUCAUCCUGCUGGGCCUGGUCGUCCUCUACCAUGCCCGGGAGAUCCAGCUGUUCAUGGUGGACAACGGGGCAGACGACUGGCGCAUCGCCAUGACGUGCGAGCGCGUCUUCCUCAUCUCCCUGGAGCUGGCCGUGUGCGCCAUCCACCCGGUGCCCGGCCACUACCGCUUCACGUGGACGGCGCGGCUAGCCUUCACGUACGCGCCGGCAGCGGCCGAGGCCGACGUGGACGUGCUGCUAUCUGUGCCCAUGUUCCUGCGUCUCUACCUGCUGGGCCGUGUCAUGCUGCUGCACAGCAGGAUCUUCACGGACGCCUCCAGCCGCAGCAUCGGCGCCCUCAACAAGAUCACCUUCAACACGCGCUUCGUCAUGAAGACACUCAUGACCAUCUGCCCGGGCACCGUGCUCCUUGUCUUCAGCAUCUCCUCCUGGAUCAUCGCCGCCUGGACCGUGCGGGUCUGUGAGAGGUAUCAUGACAAGCAGGAAGUGACCAGCAGCUUCCUGGGGGCCAUGUGGCUCAUCUCCAUCACCUUCCUCUCCAUCGGCUACGGCGACAUGGUGCCCCACACCUACUGCGGGAAGGGCGUGUGCCUGCUCACUGGCAUCAUGGGGGCUGGCUGCACGGCGCUCGUGGUGGCCGUGGUGGCCCGGAAGCUGGAGCUCACCAAGGCAGAGAAACACGUGCACAACUUCAUGAUGGACACUCAGCUCACCAAGCGGGUAAAAAACGCCGCUGCUAACGUUCUCAGGGAGACGUGGCUCAUCUACAAACACACCAGGCUGGUGAAAAAGCCAGACCACGCCCGGGUUCGGAAACACCAGCGUAAGUUCCUUCAAGCCAUCCAUCAAGCUCAGAAGCUCCGGAGUGUGAAGAUUGAGCAAGGGAAGCUGAAUGACCAGACCAACACGCUCGCAGACCUGGCCAAGACCCAGAAUGUCAUGUACAACCUCAUGUCCGAGCUGCACGCCCAGCACGAGGAGCUUGAGGCCCGCCUGGCUGCCCUUGAAAGCCGCCUGGAUGCAUUGGGCGUCUCCCUGCAGGCCUUGCCUGGCCUCAUCGCCCAAGCCAUACGCCCGCCUCCACCACCCCUGCCUCCCCGGCCUGGCUCCGGCCCACUGGACCAGGUGGCUCGGAGUCCCCCACACUGGCGGCCACCCACAGCCCCUUCAGACUGCGGGUGACGGCUCUGCCUGCCACCAGACUCCUCAAUCUUGGCCAUC